UCUCCUCCAUCGCUAAACCCAUUUUAGGGUUUGAGUGAGGAUGAGCGGCCGGCGCAGGGGAAUGCGGCAGGCGCUGGAUUCGGGGAGCUGCGUCGAUCCUCGCGCGAGCGGCUUGUCAAUCAUGCGCGUUGUGGCGCUGCGCGGAUCUAAUCUCGUGGAGGUUGAAGAUGAGAAGCUCGAGAGGACGCUGUGCUUGCUUCCUGCCAAGUUCAGCAAAUCUCUGUGGAUUAAACGAGGGAACUACGUUUUAGUGGAGGAAUCAGAUCGCCAAAAGCUGCUCGACGCAAAUGCCAAAGUGACAGGAAUAAUCUCGCAGGUUCUUUACAGGGAUCACGUCAAAGAACUCCAAAAGACCGGGUGCUGGCCUAAAGGCUUUCAGCUCACUGAACCAAAGGGUUGUUCUCAGCCAGCUUCGACCAACAAGGACCUGCAAGUAGAACCAGCUUCCGGAAAUUCUAGUGAUGAAGAGGAUGAUUUGCCAGCUCUGGAGCAGAACACAAACCGAUCCAGAGGCGGGACCUUGUACUUGUCAUCUUCGGAAAGUGACGAAGACUUGUGACAAAGAUCUUCCUCGGACAGAGGAACUCUGGAGAGCGAUCAAGGAUUUUGUUCGAGACUCGGCUCCCGGUAAGUUUUUUUUACUUCGAUCAAUCAAUCGCUUCGAGAGCUGUUUGGACCAAGGCCUAGUGAUUAUCAGAAAGAACGGAGAUAAGAUGGAGUCGACUUGUCGAAGCUCGCAGCAGCGGUAAAAACUCUGUUGUGGCUCCAAGUCAAUUCCGCGCGACAAAAAACAAGAGAAGAGUGAAAAAACUCAGCUAAACGUAUGACAAUGAAGGCCUCCAAACAGACUCGAAGCAUAUCCCGCGCUAGAUCCUCUGAGCUGAGCUGACUUACACUCACCCCUCUGAUGUAUAACAGCCCAGCAAUUAAGCUAAUUUAAAGGCGGACGAGGAGUCUUUCGAGCGUGCGUUAAA